GCAGUGUGUGUGUGUGUUACUUCGAUCGAGGCGGAACAACGGGUGAAAGGUUGCUGUGUGAAGCCGUGCUGUAAAAAACAACACACGACUUGAGAGCGAAAUAUGGGUGAAAGUGAAGAUGUUACCGUUUCUUUACACGACAGCAAGGCUUCAUACAUACUCAGCAAUGUUGCCGAAGUGGUUGAGCGAAUUCUGACGUUCGUGCCAACCAAAUCGCUUCUCCGGAUCGCAAGUGUGUGCAGGCUGUGGAGAAACUGUGCCCGAAGAGUGCUGAGGACUCAGCAGCAGCUGACCUGGGUGUCGGCCUGUGGACCGUCUAACACAGAGGCCCAUGUCCUCUGCAGCGUCCUGGCAGAGGAGGUGGAGAAAGUUUUUCUCCUGCCCAAAACAGUUCUGGCUUUGGUAGACUAUGAGGCCUUCAAUGGACAAGCGUAUUGCUACAGACAGAAUAAAGCAAAAAAGAGUCGUCACAGUGCAGACACAGUUGAAGAACUGAGCCUGCUCUUCCCCAAUGGCUGCGACGUCAUGGGCAUCACCACACUUGGCGUGGUCUUGACUCCCAGUGGCUCUUACUCCAGCCUUCCUCAGGAGUACCAGGAGGGUGAGGCUGGCUUUACAAUCAUGUUCCCCAGCAUAGAAGGUGUCCACAUCAAGCCCUUUCAUUUUUGCAAAGAGUCCAUUUCCCCAACAGCCCUGAAAGAAGCAGGACUAGUUGACAACCCAGAGCUGCGUGUGGUACUGAUGUUUGUCUAUGAGGCAUAUAAAACUGGAGGAGCACACUUCCUCAGCCAGAUACUGGAGCCGCUGGCUAAGAGCAAAGCUCUCAUCGCUGGGGGGCUGGUAGAGAGUGUCUUUUCUCCUCCAAGACACUGCUGUAGCCAGGGUGCAUAUGGCGUGGUGGGCCUGGCCCUGAGUGGCCCUAAGGUGCAGGGGGCAUCUGUGCUCCUGGACCAGGACAUCAGCAACCCAAAGGCGGCCGAAGCCACAAUCCGGCGGCUAAAGGCAGCCAAAAUUCCCGAGAGGAACACCAUAGGGUUCAUGUUUGCCUGUGUGGGGAGAGGCCAGACCUACUAUAACAACCAGGCCAACGUAGAGGCAGACGCCUUUCACAAGGUGUUCCCUAACACUCCGCUCUUCGGCCUGUUUGGCAACGGUGAGAUUGGCUGCGACCGAAUCGUUAAAGACGACUACACACUGUGUGACACUGACACGGACGGUCUGCAGCAUGAGUACACUACAGUCAUGACCCUGGUCCAUCUAGGCUAAGUGACCGACCCACAGUCACAGUGGACCAACAGGAGAAAAAGAUGACCCACCCUGCUCCUGUUUUGCAACAGCAGUUGGAAACAAGAAACAUUUUGUACAGUAUCAUUAGGACUCAGAAAGGUGCUGCCAUGCUGAAAAUGAUCCCUCUAGCCGUCAAUGUAAUGGCAUCAUUUAGCAAAUUGUGUGUGACUUUGUGUGUAAACGCAGCUUCAUAUUAAAACUAGUAAGUUUCCCAAAGUUGAUAUAAAAAGACAAACUGGUUAUCUCUUUAAGUUUUCAUACUGUAUGUGACUCUUGUAAAAUAUGUGUAUAUACUUUGCCCAAAUUUCGCACACAUUCAAGGCUGACGUUAACCCGAUUGUUUUGAUUUGCAGGUGAGUAAAAAUAUACAGUUGUGAGGCCCACAAGCUAUUGUUAUAGUUGUAAAUUCAGUGCAGGCACUUUUUAUUAGUAAGUAAGAGAAGUGUGGUCCCUCUUCCACACAAUCAUGGUAAUCUUGAUUAGAAUGCUCUCCCUUGUUACGUAGACGUUUGUUUUGCUAAUGAAAAAAAAGACUACAAACAAAUUCUCUUUUGCAAGAUAUCUAUCCACCAUGUUUCAAUUGGGUACAUGGAAAUCAGUCAGAAUCUUACAGUGCCUUCUUUUUUGUUCAUGUGAAGUCAUAUCCUACUACUUCCAGCUGUUAAUGGUUAUCUCAUGUCCACCUGUUGGCUGUGUAAGUGACACUGACCAGCUGAAACUCUCUUUUUUCCCCCUCACUUUAGCCUCUGUUCUUCUACAGUUUCUAACUUUAGGAAACUGUUGGAAAUUGAUGAUAUGCUGACCAAUUUCAGAAAAUGUGAUGUAAUUGGGGUAGAUGGUGUAUUUUGUAUCCUUUUGCUAAAGCAGAACAAUGGUAAAGGUAUUUUUUUUUUAAAUCUUUAUAGUAUUGUUUGAGACUUAACUACGAAGCUUCACGUUUGGGGGAAAAAGGUUCUUAUUUUACAGAGGAUGGCAGCAUCUGUCAAAAUUCCUUAAUCUUUAUUAAGUCAUUAUUUUCUAAAUGGCCCUGUCAUUGAUUGAUGUCAUGCUUUUACCUUAAGAAUAUUCUGAUGAGGCAAAGGUGAAAUUUACAGUACAUAAAUACUAUAUAUGUUUGUUGGACAGGUUGUUGCGAUUAUAUGUAGACAUUCAACUUUUUGAUAAAAGCUGCAAGAAUUGUUGCAAGAAUGGAUCAUUUUUAGAAAAUUCCAAGUUUGUCUUUAAAAAGACUUAAAAGUCCUUGUAUGUAUCAUAAUACACACAACUACCCUUAUAGGUUUGGUUAGUACUUAUGGCUCAUUGAACAAAGUUGUUUUGGUGUUGAUGCACUUUUCAAAAUGUGCUAAAUCAUAUCUGCUCUGCUCAUUUCCUCAAUAAAUCACAUUCAGCACGUA